UUCGCAUGAGUAAGUUAGUACUGACGAGUGUUUAUUGAUAAAACGUGCAAUUUUUAUGUUUGAAGUCACCGCGGUUAUCGAUCAAUUAGUGUAAUUAUAUAUAGGAAGUGCACCGGGUUGAAUAGAAGUGAUAAAAUGGUCAAGAUAAUAUUCUUGCACCCGGACCUGGGUAUUGGAGGAGCUGAGCGGUUGGUCGUGGAUGCUGCACUGGCUUUUAGGAAUAAAGGACACCAAGUCUCUUUUUAUACAAACCAUUACGAUCCUACGCAUUGCUUCUCAGAAACGAGAGAUGGGAGCUUUCCUGUGACGGUGGUCGGGGAUUGGAUUCCACGUUCUAUUUUUGGUCGUUUUAAGGCGGCAUGUGCUUACGUGCGGAUGAUAUACGCGGCAGUGUAUUUAGCUUGGUACGUGAUACCAGUUGAAGAACCUACCCUAAUUUUCUGUGAUUUGAUAUCUAUAUGCAUUCCAUUCUUGAAAAUGGCGAGAGGGCCUUUCAGAGUAGUAUUUUAUUGUCAUCAUCCAGAUAAACUGCUGUCCGAAGAAGGAGGGUUAUUAAAGAAACUUUACAGGGCUCCAUUGAAUUGGCUUGAAGAGUUGACAACUUCCAAGGCCGAUCAGGUUUUAGUGAAUAGCAAAUACACUGCUAGAGUGUACAAAGAUGCAUUCAAGAAUAUAAAAGAAUUGCCAGAUAUUUGCUAUCCAUCAAUUAAUACAGAGUUCUUUAGAACAACAUCCCCCAUGCCCUUGAAAGAGGUUGUUCCUCUUGGCACUGACAAAUACAUUUUCCUCUCCAUAAAUAGAUAUGAGAGAAAAAAGAACCUUCAAUUAGCUUUAAGAGCAUUUGAGAAUUUAAAACAUAUAGUUCCUGAACCAGAUUGGAGCAGAGCACACUUAAUAAUGGCUGGAGGCUUUGACCCAAUUAACCUAGAAAAUAUGGAACACUACAUUGAAUUGACAGAUUUGGCAGCAGAGCUUGAUAUUGAAGAUAAAGUGACAUUUUUAAAAUCACCUAAAGACAUUGAAAAGGUGUCUCUACUGUAUCAUUGUAAGGCUCUUGUAUACACUCCGUCAAAUGAGCACUUUGGUAUUGUGCCAUUAGAAGCAAUGUACUACUGCAAGCCUGUCAUUGCCGUCAACAGUGGAGGCCCCACAGAGACCAUAGUGAAUGAUGUCACUGGCUUCCUGUGUGAGCCUACCAGUGAGUCAGUUGCACAAGCCAUGAGCACAUUGAUGCUGACUCCCGACCUUGGAGAGAGGCUGGGAGAAGCAGGCAGAAAGAGAUUUGAAACAAAGUUUUCCUUUGAUGCAUUUACUGAUCAAUUGGAUGGUAUCCUCACCAGAGAAAGGCAGAUUAUUUCUGAGGCUAGGGCUGUUGAUUAUGAACAGAAGAAACGUAAAUAACAGUCUGCCGACACUCAUACAGUAUGUGAUCUUGUAUGAGUGUUCUAUAACCAAAGAACUUAA